AUGGAACACAUGAACUCCAGCCUCAACAGCAAGAUGCAAUCGUUCAACAGAGACGCUUUGAAUGAGUUUGUGAUGCUCCCCGUAUCACGGGAAAUGAUCAGCCACCUUGCUCUACAGGCUUCGAAAGUCAUCCGUUGCGAAGGCCAUGUGACCGCUUCAUCCAUGAACCAACAUGGGCAACCCACACCACCCAGCACUCCCCCCUUGGACCCUGCUGACACACUUCCACCUCUCCCACCAUUGGAAGUCUUUAUCUCGUCGAUCGUUCACCGAUCACAGGUCCAGGUGCCGACCUUGAUGACUUCACUAGUCUUUCUUGCUCGUCUCCGCGCUCGAUUACCACCUGUGGCCAAGGGCAUGCGAUGCACCGUUCAUCGUAUCUUUUUAGCAUCCUUGAUUCUGGCCGCCAAGAACUUGAAUGAUUCGAGUCCGAAGAACAAGCACUGGGCACGUUACACCGCUGUGCGAGGUUACCCAGGAUUUGGCUUCUCCUUGGCCGAGGUCAACCUAAUGGAGCGACAAUUGCUGUUCCUUCUCGACUGGGACACUCGCAUCAACGAGGAAGAUUUGUUUGAGCAUUUCGAACCUUUCCUUGCUCCCAUCCGCAGACAGUAUGAAAUCGCCGAGCAAAAGGAAGCUAUGGCUCAACAGCAUCACCAUGACUGGUGGCGAUUGAACGCCUCUGCCGAGUCUCUAGCCGCUCGCCUUCGCCGUCAGAAGCAGGAAAUGCGGGGAGAAGUUGGCUCUUUAUCUCAACGGAGAUCGCAGUACCUCACUACCUCCACCAUUCAGCAACAACAACCACACGCUGUCAGCCGCAACUCUCCGUUGGCCAUGGUUGAGGAUAGUGAUCGAUACAGCCCGUAUCCUCGUCGCCUUGCUUCACCCUACCGCAGUGCCAACCGCUCAAUCUCUCCUCCCUCCGUCAAGGAUGUCCCCGCCCUGUCGCGUACGGAAACCAGCAACUCCCUGGCCCCAUCAUCUCGAUCUUCCAGCGUUGCGCCUAGUGUGCGCAGCACACCUGGCAGUGUUAGUACUUGCUCAUCGUCAGUGGACGAGGUAAUGGUCGUCGACGGAAGCACAAGCCCGGCCAGCUCAGCGCUCAAUUAUAGCUAUGUCAACGUCAACGUCCAGCCCAUGAAGUCUCUACCCAAACAACAUCCCUCAAUGCCAGCAAUGAAUCAACAGCCAAGCAAGAAGAUCAAGACUAGCAACAGCUUGGGAGGUUCAGGCGGUGGUCUGAUGGCUCGAUUCCUUGCUUCUGCCGCCGGUGCCUAUCGCAUCUCUCGCAAUGCCACCUAA